AUGCACAAGUCUCUGGCCCUCUUCCUCCUCACCGCGGCCACCGGCGCCGUGGCGGGCACGUCGCCCCUCGUUCUCCUCAAGAGGCAGAGUGAGUGCGGCAUCGCGCAAAAGGUGUGCGGUGACGGCUGUAUCCCCAUUGGCUACACCUGCUGCCCCAGCGGCGAGGGUGGCUGCCCCCUCAGCUCGACGUGUCAGAUGGGCGACAACGGCGAGUACGGAUGCUGCCCCAUUGGCAGGCGGUGCAGCGGCGACGGCGGUGUAACCACCCGGCCCGGAGGCGGCGGCGGUGGAAGCCUUCCCACCGGCAUUGGCGGCGGUGACGACGACGAUGAUGAUGUUAUUCCCCAGACGACCAGCACUACUGCUACCACCACUUCGAGGAUCACUCUGCCUACUGGUUUCGGAAGCGGAGACGAUGAUGAUGAUGAUGAUGACGAUGAUGACAGCGGCAACAGCUCCAACUCUGGUUCUGGAUCGGGCUCUGGCUCAGGUGUGGGUUCCGGCUCCGGUAUUGGGUCCGGUUCUGGUUCCGGUUCUGGUUCCGGCUCUGGUUCUGACACUGCCAAUGACGAUACUGGUGGCAACGCGAGCGGCGCUGGCAGGACUCUUGUCUCGGUUGCCGGCGUUCUUGCUGCCGUCUUUGCGCUCUAA